AUUGGUUGCAACUCCCUUGGUCCUUUGUUGUUCCUAUAAAAACUGGACUACUGGUCUUUUUUACCCUUAUAGAAAUUCAUCUUAUCUCCCAAAGCUGGUAGUUGUCAUCAUAUUCUCAAAGUCUUUCUAAUCAAUCAAAGCAAAAUAAUUAGAUCUCUCUUCUACCCAAAACCCCUCUCCUACCAGAAGCGAAACAACAGAGAAUGAGCUAUUACAACCAGAACCAGCCUCCUGUUGGUGUUCCUCCUCCUCAAGGUUAUCCACCAGAAGGGUAUCCUAAGGACGCGUAUCCCCCGCCGGGAUAUCCCGCACAAGGAUAUCCUCCUCAAGGUUAUCCUCCACCGGGAUAUGGUCCUCCCCCUCCAGGUUAUGGCCCUCAGUACGGUCAGCCGCCGCCUCCUCAACAGAGCAGCAGUGUUGGCUGUUUGGAAGGAUGUUUGGCUGCACUGUGCUGUUGCUGUUUGCUAGAUGCGUGCUUUUGAGGAUGAAAGAAAGCGUUGGGAGGGGUUAUGAUUCAUUGAAGUGUAACUUUAAUAGAGAUUCCAUUAAAUCUCUCCCAUAAGCCUAUCCAAUUUAAAGUUUCCCUCUCCUUUAUUUUUAAUCUUCUGAUAACGUGUUUAUCUUGAACAAGUAAUUUGAACCCUUUUUCUCUUUUUUAAGUGGAAGUGAAUAGUUGCUACAUAA